UUAGGUUUAAGAUAAUAAUUGUGUAGUAUUCAUAAAGCAGUUCCCUGUGCUAGGCAGAUCCCUCACACGUGUCCGGAUGAAAAAGGUUGUCACCAACCAAAGUAGAUCAUAAAGCGACUAUCUCGCUGCUCAGGCAAGAAAACCACAUAGCCAGGUACCGGUAGGUAGAAUUUGCUAUUCAGAAGAUCCAAUCUUUGACCACGAAACCACGAAAGAUACCUCGCUCAGGCGCGAACUGCGAACUGGCACCUCCGCCUUUAUAUUACUCAGGAAUACAUUAUUUUAUUCAGCCUUUUGCAGCCAAGACCAGGAAAGAGAGUUUGGUUGUCAGCAGACAUUCUCAUAAAACACCAGAAGAUAAAGAAGACAAAAAAGAAAGAAGAUGAGUUGCGAUAUUGGAUUGUACGGCCUCGCUGUGAUGGGGCAGAACUUUGCCCUUAACAUGGCGGAGCAUGGCUUCAAGGUUGUUGUAUGCAAUCGCUCUCCUGCAAAAGUGGAUACCACUGUGGAACGCGCCAAGGCCGAAGGCGAUCUGCCAUUGAUUGGAAAGAAGGAUGUCAAAGAUUUCGUGGCAGAAAUCAAAAAGCCCCGAAAAAUCGUCAUUUUGGUUCAGGCCGGAAAACCUGUGGACGACACUAUUGCUCAGCUCUCCGAGCAUAUGGAAGCUGGAGAUAUCAUUAUCGAUGGUGGUAAUGAGUGGUUUCCCAACAGCGUUCGUCGUGGAGAAGAAUUGGCCAAGAAGAAUAUGAUGUUUGUGGGUAUGGGUAUUUCUGGAGGAGAGGAAGGAGCACGCAAAGGACCCAGUUUGAUGCCUGGAGGUCCCAAGGAAGCGUAUGACUUGCUGGCUCCCAUCAUUACCAAAUGUGCGGCUCAGGUCCAAGGAGAAGCUUGUACUGGAUACCUUGGGCCAGUUGGGUCUGGAAAUUAUGUCAAAAUGGUUCACAAUGGAAUUGAGUACGGUGAUAUGCAGCUGAUUGGUGAAUGCUACGAUCUUUUGAAGAAUGUGGCUGGAAUGGGCAACGAGGAAAUGAGUGCGUUGUUUGAAGAAUGGAACAAGGGAGAAUUGGAAUCUUUCCUCAUUGAAAUCACCGCAAAGAUUCUAGCCAAGAAGGAUGAUUUGACCGAUGAUGGGUUUGUUAUCGACAAAAUUUUGGAUAAGACUGGAAUGAAGGGCACUGGGCGUUGGACUGUCCAGGAGGCUGCCGAACAGAGCGUUGCUGCCCCCAGUAUUGCCUCUGCUUUGGACAGUCGCUACCUAUCCGCACGAAAGGGUGAGCGUGAAGCUGCCUCCAGCAUCUUGCAAGGUCCCACCGAGUUGCCUCCUGUGGACAAGGAGCAGCUUAUUUCGGAUCUCAGAAAGGCUUUGUACUGUGCCAAGGUCACUUCGUAUGCCCAGGGAUUGGGCAUCAUCAGAGCUGCUUCUGACAAGAAGGAAUGGGGCGUGGACCUUGGGCUCUGUGCUCGCAUGUGGCGUGGAGGUUGCAUCAUCCGUGCUCAGCUCCUCAAUAAGAUCUCGGAUGCUCUCAACCGCGAUGAAAAUCUGGCAAAUCUGCUCGUGGAUCCUACCUUUGCCAAAGAGUUGAAUGAGCGUCACAUGUCUUGGCGUCGUGUGGUGUCUGUGGGUGUGGCUAGCGGCAUUGCUACCCCAGCUCUUUCUGCAUCUUUGGGAUACUAUGAUCAGUACCGUCGCGCUCGUCUUCCAGCCAAUCUCAUUCAGGGUCAGCGUGACUUUUUUGGUGGACACACCUACGAACGUACUGAUCGCGAGGGAGUCUUCCAUUGUUUGUGGGAUGACACUCACAAGGACAUUGGAGAUGUGGCUGGCCGCACGGCUGGUGAAGUUUAGACACAUGGUGCGAAUGAUCUGGCUGCGAUUAUUCGAAGCCACCCGAUCAUUCAACAACGGAACAGCAGUGGCUACAGUACCACAAGCGCUUGGCGUGAACGAAACAUGUUGUACGAGUAAGACUUAGCCAGACCUAGAGACAAUGCGUAUUGUUGUUUUGACGAGUUUUAGAUGGUGAUCUUGGCUCAAUUCGGUAGCAGGAACAAAUUAUUAAUAAAAGUCUUAUUAUUG